AUGUUGUCACAACCCAAGACCAAGGAGACCUUUAGUACCUUCAUUCCAAAGGACAUCAUUCUCCAAAGAGAGAAACCUGGAUCUAGCUACGCAAAAGAGGACACCCUGAAGAAUGGUCUGAAAAAGGAGGCCACUGUUCUUGGGACUAUACAAAUCCUGUCUUGCCUGAUGAUCUCAAGCUUGGGGGCAGUUUUGGUUUCUGCUCUCUACUCUUCCCACUUCAACCCAGAAGUUUCUACCAUUUUGAUAUCUGGGUACUCAUUUGUAGGAUCUCUGUGUUUUGCCAUUACUGGAUUCCUCUCAAUUGUCUCUGGAAAAAAAUCAACUAGGCCUUUUGCCCUGAGCAGCCUGACAGCAAAUGCAGUGAGCUCUGGAGUCUCUGGAGCAGGUCUCCUCCUCAUUACGGACAGCCUGGUAGCCCUGGGGACAGCCUCUCAGGGCUGUGACUUGGAAAAGACAUAUCUGUCAUCAUUGCCUUACACAGACUACUACUAUUCAAUAUAUGAAGACAAGGACUGUCUCCUGGCCAGUACCAGUCAAACAGGUGUGCUGGUGGUGAUACUUGUCUUCACUGUGCUGGAACUCUUACUAGCUGUAUAUGCAUCUAAGCAUUGGUGGGAGCAGAUGCACUCCAACAACUCUGGGUGUGCAGUUUUCCUGCCUCCAUCACAAGAACAUGUACAAUAUGUCAAAAAGAGUUCUUCAAGAUCAUGGAUAUGA